AUGCUUGAAGAAACAUUUAAAAAUCUCGUACUUUGGAAGAAUUACAUUUCGCAACAAGUAGUAUCAAGCCAACCAGCUACUUUUAUGAAUAACAAAAUUUAUAAACCUUACAUUCAACCACUUUAUACUGAACACAUUGAAAAGAAAAUAUCACCCGAAUUAAUACACAAUGCAAAAAUUGCAGCUUGUACUUUAUUACUUUACGGAAUCGGAAGAAGAAUUUACAAAUCAGGAUUUAUGAGGAUUAAAUCUAAUGCCAAGCUAACGGAAAGGGAUUUUUCAAUUCAAAGAAAACUAAUUGGAAGAGUACCACAUGUUGGUGAUAGUGAUAAUUUCAGAAUUAUUCAUUUUCCACCAUUUUUGAGUCCAAUAUAUUCUCUUUUACCAAUGCAGAAAAAGAUGAAGCUUAGUGAGGAAACUAUCCAUGUGAGAAUUGCUGGUAUUGAUGCUCCUGAAUGUGCUCAUUUUGGAAUGCCAGGUCAACCUUAUGGAGAACAUGUGAAAAAGUGGCUCACUGAAUUUUUAAAGAAUGAAAAAGUCAAUGUCUACUUGUUGAGAAAUGAUCAGUAUGGAAGAGCUGUUUGUUCUGUCUAUGUCAGAAAAUGGUGGUACUAUUUAUGGUUGAAGAGAUUGAAUUUAAGUGAAUACAUGUUAAAGAAGGGAUAUGCAGUUUGUUACGAGGGUGAAGGUGAAGUUUAUGUGGAAGGAUCCAAAAAUAAGAACAAAUCUUACAAAAAUUAUUACAAAUCAUUGGAAGAGAAGGCCAGGAAAGCUAAAAAGGGAAUGUGGGCCAAAGCAAGUACAAGUGAAUCACCAAGAGAUUACAAGAGGAGAAUGAAAUCUUAA